CAUGCUUCCCGGGGUGGGCGUGUUCGGCACCAGCCUCACGGCCCGUGUCAUCAUCCCGCUGCUGAAAGAUGAGGGCUUCGCGGUGAAGGCGCUGUGGGGCCGCACGCAGGAAGAAGCCGAGGAGCUGGCCAAGGAGAUGAGUGUCCCUUUCUAUACUAGCCGCAUCGACGAGGUGCUACUGCACCAGGAUGUAGACUUGGUGUGCAUCAACCUGCCGCCGCCGCUCACCAGGCAGAUCGCUGUCAAAACCCUGGGUAUAGGCAAGAACGUCAUCUGUGACCGUACCGCCACGCCACUAGACGCCUUCCGCAUGAUGUCCGCAGCCCACUACUACCCCAAGCUCAUGAGCAUCAUGGGCAACGUGCUGCGCUUCCUGCCAGCCUUCGUGCGCAUGAAGCAGCUGAUCGAGGAGGGCUAUGUGGGCGAGCUGCUGGUGUGCGAGGUGCAGGUGCACAGCGGCAGUCUGCUGGGCAAGAAGUACAACUGGAGCUGCGACGACCUGAUGGGCGGUGGCGGCCUGCACUCCGUGGGCACCUACAUCAUCGACCUGCUCACCUUCCUCACAGGCCAGAAGGCCGUGAAGGUCCACGGGCUGCUCAAGACCUUUGUAAAGCAGACGGACCACAUUAAGGGUAUCCGUCAGAUCACCAGCGAUGACUUCUGCACCUUCCAGAUGGUGCUGGAGGGGGGAGUGUGCUGCACCGUUACCCUGAACUUCAACGUUCCUGGAGAGUUCAAGCAGGACGUGACUGUGGUGGGCUCUGCUGGCCGUCUCCUGGCAGUGGGCACUGACCUCUACGGGCAGCGCAAUAGUGCCCCGGAGCAGGAGCUGUUGCUGCAGGACACUACGUCCGUGAGCAACUCCCUGCUGCCUGAGAAGGCGUUCAGCGACAUCCCCUCGCCCUACCUGCGGGGCACCAUGAAGAUGAUGCAGGCAGUGCGCCAGGCCUUCCAGGAUCAGGAUGACCGGCGCACGUGGGACGGUCGGCCUCUUACCAUGGCUGCCACCUUCGACGACUGCCUGUAUGCUCUCUGCGUGGUCGACACCAUCAAGAGGUCCAGCCAGACUGGAGAGUGGCAGAACAUUGCCAUCAUGACAGAGGAGCCAGAGCUGAGUCCCGCCUACCUAAUCAGUGAGGCCAUGCGCAGAAGCAGGAUGUCCCUCUACUGUUAGCACUGGGACCUGUCUGACUCGAUCGACCGACCUGCUGCGUGGGGCCAUUUAGAGGGAACUGCACUGUGGAGAGGGUAGCCAUGGGUGGGGAUUGCGGGAGGGGAAGCUUGAAUGCUCAGCACGUAAGAAGACGGUCCCCAUCCUAGGCAGAGGGUUCCGAUUAAAGGUGAUGGUGGGCCGACUUCAUAUUCAGGAGGGCGUGUCCUAAUUGGGUAUCUGAUGAAAGGAAGGUUUAACUAGCACCUUUGUAGUCCAUUACUGUGAGAAGCAAGGAGGGCUCGCCCCCUGCCCUACCUCAUCCAUCUACAUACCUUGGCUUUCUUUGCAAGCUAAGGAUAUGUGUAUCUGAUGACAAUUUCAGUGGGAGCUAGGCUUUCUGUCAGCACCCCCCACUGGCAGGAGAAGGCACAUCAUCAUCAAAUGUCAGCAAAGUUUUUUUGUUUUUUUGUUUUUCGGUGUAGGGAAGUAGAGGGGGAGGUGGGUGGGGCUGGAGAGAGAGUUGUGAUUCCUGGAAGCCAGCUGUGUUUUACUUAAAGGAUCUGAAAGAAAAGCAGUUGGAGCAGAGUGCACAGCUUCCUUGGCUGCUUUAUGUCCCAGGAAGCAUGAGGGCCUGUCUAACUGGCUCAUUGCUGUUCCCCUGGUACAGUGGGCAUUGUAAUGGAGAGUGAACAAGGUGGUAAACUGUACCUCGGAGGUGGCUAAGACGACAGACAGGCUGCAAGGAACCACUUCAGAGCCCUCCUUCGGUGGCCAGCGGAACCUGGUGUGAGUGGCAAUCAAGUUGCCCUGCCUCAAGGCUCUCUGGGCAGCAUGGGCUUGACGGUAGCUGCCUGUCUAGGUGAGGACAGCUGCAGUCCUGGGUGUCGCAGUAUGAGCUCCCCCAAAGCAGAACAUGAGCCCAGCCCCAGAAUUGUUGUAAGCCCAACUGCCAAGCUGAAGAAAAAGACAUUAGAUGUUUGUGGAAGCCACUCGCUUCACUCCCAUAGACUCUUUCCUUUACCUUUGGCCUUGCCUUUCAGGGUUCUGACUGCUGGAACCUUUUGAAUAGGUAUUCAGACAAAAAUUCAACAGGGAACAGUGUUUCUAAAACUUAGAUCCCCAAGAGGGGCAUACAUAGGUGGAGAAGGUUCAUGUUGGGGGGGGCAUCUUUUACUUCCUCUCCUGGUCCUCUUGUCUUUUUACUCUCCAUGUGAAACUAGAGAUGGCCAAGGACUGGCUUAGAUGUAGGUGGAGACCAAGCCUAUUGCCACAUAGACACACCUUUGUAAAUGUUUGCUAUCCUCAAAUAUCACUAAAAGAGUCUUUAAAAUUCAAAUCUGGUCUUGAAAGAAAGGUCAAGUCACAUAUACUUGGGAAAUGGGGAGUUCUCUUUUUCCGGGUUGGCUUUGCUAACCUUCACCUGGCAUGUGGCAGUUUUGAGCCUGGGGAUAUAUAUACCAGUCCCUGUAAGCAGUCUGCCUAGAACAGUCACACUCAUACUGGAGCCCACACACCAGUGGGAUGAUGGUCAUUUUCUACCACCAAGGAGCGGGUGUUGCCUUUCUCGGGGCCCUCCUGAAGCAUGGUAAAAUCAGUCAGCUGAAACCUUCCCUGGCUCCAAUUGGCUGGCAAUCUGUGUACAGGGUCACAUCAAAGACUUUCUGUUUGUUUGUUUCUGCUCUCACAAAUUUCUCUCUAAGAAAGUAAUCUUUCUCCUAGCUACCAUUAAGGAUGGAAUUGGGGGCAUGGUAGUUGGCUCAAUGGAGUUCAUUUUUCCAAGUCAUUCACCUAAUAAGAUAUUUUUGAGAGUUCCAUUUUUUCUCUCUACUUUUCCCCCAUGAUAUUUGAUGUUUUCCCUCUCUGUGAUAAACAUGCCCGGUCUAAAGCAAAAACUCUGAUUUGAGAUUAGGGGCUAUAGAAAGAAUGUGUGUUCCUUGAACACAGCAUGAGAAAGUAGGAAGUGUCCUGAAAUUGUAUCUACUGGAAUGCAUGUGGUAGAGAUAGAAACAGGAGGGUGAGGCAGGGGGGCAGUUCUUUGAAUGUAAAAAUGGCAGCAGAUGGUUUCAGGGGCUUCUGUAGUGCUCCUUCAGCCCUUGAUGUCCCUCAUGCAGAUUCUUGAUUGGCAGCAGUGACGUGAGGCUGGAAUCUAAGUUUUCAACAACAUUCUGCAACUGACUUUGAUCUAAGUCCUGGCAACAACCAGCUGCUUUCUAAUUUCUUUUACAUGGUUUAAAGGCCUGGUAGAAUGGAGGCUGUUUGGGGCCUUUUCAUUCGUUUUCCCCUUGCUUUUCUUCUCCGCUCAGUAGUAAAAUUGCAUCAUGGGAUUCCUUCAAAGCAUCUUCGUCUCCUUGGCAACACAGCCCAUAGUGUCAGGUCCUGUCAGCACUCAAGGUCCGGUGUCACCUGGCUCCCCACCGAGUGCAGAGUAUUGUAGGCACAUCUAAUUAUCUAUAAAAAUAGUCAUUCCCUCUAUGUAUACAUGAAGAUGUGGGCAUGCCCAAAGCCACACAGAGCGAGCAGACUACAAUUUGCACUUUUGUUGUUCUUGCCAGGACAAGCGUUCCUCAUGAAGCCCUGUAGGGGGCAUGCUCCCUCCCCAAGGAGCAACUGUAAGAAGAGUGGCUGAGAUCCACAACACUCUCCUUGUUGAGCAGAAUGCAAAAUUUGAUGUCCGGCCAGCAGGUUGGCAGUUGCAGCUGCAAACAGAAGUGGCUGGUUUUUCUUCCCCUUCCCAAAUGGAAAUGUCAUUCAGCUUCUUUUAAAAUGGAUUUCCUAUGUUGAUUUUUCAUUGUAAAUGACUCAGCAACCCUCAGCACUGGAGGCUUUCUAAGCAUUGUUGGCUGUAAUAGGUGGCCUUGGAUUUUGUUGCUGGGGCCUGAGUGUAACAUAGAAAAACAUCUUUCCCCAGGAAGGGGGGCUUUGGGGUUUGUUUGGGAACUUGGGUUUUAGCAGUGUGCAUUGUUCUAUCAGCCGCUUCCUUACUUCAUCUUGUCCAGUGAGUGUAGCUAUUGAACUUGACCCGUGAUUGUGAAUUAGGUUUCGGACCUAGUCUCUUUUUCCAGUGGGUACUGGAGGAAAUAAGCUUUGUUAAGGAUGCCCUGGGGAGAAGGUCAAGCCAAUGCGACAUGAGAGGACUUCAGAGUGGCAUCUAUCAGAUUCUUCCUUUGACAUCUCAGAGAGGAAUGUAAUGGCCAAGGUUGUCCAUUUUGGUGGUAGAUCCAGGUUGGGAAGCCAAUUUUCCUGAUUCUCAGUUUCUCCCUGACCUAAUUGCCCCUCCAGGACUGCCACACAGGGAAGAAGGGAGGAUCAUCCAGGUGAUCUGGCUAGGUGACAGAGAGGCCAGAAUGUGUGUGCAGAGCCUCGAUGGACAGUAUUCACUGAGCUGUGGCACAUAAACCCAAACUUUACAAACAUGUUACAAGACUGCGUGUGUGUUAGGGACAGAACCCAAAGUUCUGGGUAUGCUAGGCACUCAGUCACGCCUCCAGCCUCAACUGUGUCUUGGAAGUAUUCAGAAAACAUGUUUCUAUAGCAGAAGGGUUCUCUCUAAUUGGCUCCUUUCUGUAGACUAGGGGACAUAGAGUCAGACGUUCAUCUUGAGGACUUGAGGAGGUCCACUCUACUAUUGCCUGUUGUCCCAGGACUGGAUGCAAAUCUUGACGACUCUCACUAGCCAAUGGCUCUCAUUCCAUCCACUGGUGAUUUCCUUUGCCCACCAAGCCCCCGAAGCUUGCAGGACAGGGUGAUGACACUGGGGAACUUGUUGGGGGGAAAUAGCACCUGCUAGACCAUCCUGUUUGUUUCCUUUGGGCAAGGGAGGUGGUGAAGAAGGGACAUUUCAUGAGUCUGCAGUGUGGCUCCAGGGUCUUCUCCAGCACUUGUGUUGUGGUCAGUGUUGGCAGGUGGGCCAUGCUCUGAGUUUAGCGGGGGCUUCCAGAACUUCUCUGCAGAGUUCUUAUGCCCUCUUGUACUUCUCAAGAGUGAGAAGUUGGUGGUCUCCUUGGAGUUUGGCAAUCUGAAUAAUUGUAUCAGUAAAGAGAAGCUAGCCAACCCAACUGGCCUUUUCUCCCCUGCAUCAGGGUUCUUAUUUGCUGGAGCCCUUCAGAGGGCCAAUGAAGCCUUGGCUCCCUUCCAGGCUACUGACAUGUUGCACUACUGAAUACUCUCAAAUCUGCUGCAGCCUUUUGUUUACACCAGCAGAGAACGGAGUGAUCAAAAGAACAUUCUAGUUGAAAUGCUUGUUGCUUAGUGCAGCGAUCAAAGCUUGCCUGGGCCAGUAGAGCAGGGAAGUCAUCAUGGCCAUGGAGUCACCGUGUCAGUGUUGUCUCCUGUGCCCUGUCCAGCUCUCUGCUGUCCCCUGCAGCCACCACAAGGGCUAGGCUGUUCAAUGAGCCCCAUAGCUUCUAAGAAAUGCAAUGGCUUAUUUGUAGUGCUAAGUGAUAUCCCAGGUGAAGAAGCAAAAGCCUACGACCUGACCUGCCCCUAUAUUCUGCCCUGUCCCUUGUUUAGGGGAGGGAGAACUUUCUAACAACUAUGGCUUUGCUUGCUGCCUGGUGCUUUUUUAGUAUGUCAUUUGUUUUCAUUUCCUCUUUUAAAACCAAAAUUGCAUUGGUUUGGUUGUCAUUGUCAGGUGUAUAUUUAUUGUUUUACAAAUGUGAGUAUAUAUGUAUGUGUAUGUAUAAAACCAAACUUAUAUAUAAAAAGUCAAGGCAUGUAUACUAGAUAUUUUAAAGUUAUUUAUCAAAGGGAAAAGAUGAGUGUUAUAAAGUAAAACAGAGUCUAUAUUUUAUAUAUAAUGUAGAUACCAAAAGAUAGCUUAUAAAUUAUAGGUUUUACUUUUUUUGUUUUCUAUUAUUAAACAAAAAUACAGAAUUUUAAAAGGUAUUUAAAAGAUAAAGGAGAACAAAUGCAACAGUGCUUCGUGUUUUUGAGGCAAACUGAUAGGGAGCUGGCCUGCCUUUCCUCUGCAGUUCCAGGCUGAGGGGAUGGCAACCCCUGGGGCCUGUGUGAUGCUCUGGGCCAGGGUAGGCAUGCUCAGCCAGCUGUCUGGGCUGCUCCAACAUUGCUUCCAGCUGUUCAUGAAUGGCUUUGAUGGGAUGAGCGUUGGUGGGAGAAAGGAUGAAAAUGGCAAAUAAAGUCUUCAAAGAAGU